CUCAUAGGUUAUUGUAGUCGUUGUUUCUGGUUUCGUCGCAAUAGAGAACAAAGUGAACACUAAACAGAUUACGAAGUAGCAUUACGUAUGUCAAUGGAAAACCGAUUGUAGCUCAACGCUACGCAGGGCCUAUAUAUUUUAUUAAGUGGUUAGACAAAGUGAACACAGUUUUGAGUUCCCUAAUAAUUUCUGACCUAUUGUUUGUAGAGUGAUUUUCAAUUAUUAUUUGUGUACAUUAUUAAUAUUGGUCACCGUUUAUUUGUUAUCAUCAUAUCCCAAAUUAAGGCAGAGUUAUGGCAACUAGGAAAAAGGUACUAUUAAAAGUAAUAAUUUUGGGAGACUCCAGUGUAGGAAAAACAUCUCUAAUGAAUCAAUACGUUAAUAAAAAAUUCACCAAUCAAUAUAAAGCCACUAUAGGUGCAGAUUUUUUAACUAAAGAAGUUAUGGUAGAUGACAGAAUUGUGACAAUGCAAAUUUGGGAUACAGCUGGCCAAGAACGUUUUCAAUCUUUAGGUGUUGCAUUCUAUCGCGGAGCUGAUUGCUGUGUGUUAGUAUUUGAUGUCACUUCACCUGGAUCUUUUAAAUCAUUAGAUGGAUGGCGAGAUGAAUUUCUAAUACAAGCAUCACCUUCAGAUCCAGAUCAUUUUCCAUUUGUUGUACUUGGCAACAAAGUUGAUUUAGAAAAUCGUGCUGUGUCUUCUAAACGAGCUCAACAAUGGUGCCAAAGUAAAAAUGGCUUACCAUACUUUGAAACUUCAGCUAAAGAAGCUAUCAAUGUAGAACAGGCUUUUAAAACGAUAGCAAGGAAUGCAUUAGCACAAGAAACGGAUAUGGAAAUUUAUAAUGAUUUUCCUGAUCAAAUAAAAUUAGGUGGUGGUUCUGCUGAGAAUAGAUUGUCUGGUGGAGAUAAUUGUAAUUGCUAGUAGUAAUUAAGAUACUGAAACUUUAAUGUUUAUUUUGACUAUCAUAUAUUUUGACUAAAAGUCUAGUGAAAGUCAAAAUAUUAUUUUAUGGAGUAUAAUUAUAAAUAUUUAAAAAGAUAACAUUAUACUUGAAAAUAGUUUAUAUUUAAUAUUUGAAUUUAAGUUAUAAAUAUAUAUUUUAUUAUUA